UCGUUUUUGUGUGUGCGUGCUUAAUAACGCCCCGGCCAGAUUUGUGUCUGAACGCCUCUGUUUCAGCACUAUCUCGAUAUGCUAGCCUUGAGCUGCCUGCUACACUGACAAGUUUCUGCGAUAUAGCCGAGAGUGGCUACGCGAGAGAGCAUCACAGCCUGACAGCCUGCUGCUACCCCGGGAGAGGCGAUGAUGGCGGCGGCCGUAGAGAGAGGAGGAGUGCGGGCCGCUUUCCUGAACCCAGGUAGCGGCGGCGGGAUCGGUGGACCACCCCAGGCACCUAUGCCCUCUGCUCCCGGAGCCGCGGUUGGAGCGGGAGGCAUGGGUUCGAAUUCGGGUGGGUCGGAUGGUCCCGUGCCCGUGCCUAUGAAUCUUUUUGCGACAUGGGAAAUAGACCGCUCUUCUCCGAGUUGUGUUCCAAGAUUGUGCAGCCUGACCCUCAAGAAGCUGAUUGUCCUCAAAGAAUUGGACCGAGAGCUUAGCUCCGUGGUGAUAGCUGUCAAAAUACAGGGCUCCAAGCGCAUCUUGAGGUCCAACGAGUAUGUCCUUCCUCCAGAUGGACUGAUGGAGACUGACCUUGAGCUGACCUUCUCACUCCAGUAUCCCCACUUCCUCAAAAGGGACGCCAACCGAUUGCAGAUCAUGCUGCAGAGGAGGAAGCGAUAUAAAAACCGCACCAUCCUGGGGUAUAAGACCUUAGCUGUGGGCGUCAUCAAUAUGGCAGAGGUGAUGCAGCAUCCGACAGAUGGAGCCCAGAUCCUGGGUCUCCAUAGCAACGUGAAGGAGGUGCCGGUGCGUGCGGCCGAGCUCAGCGUGUAUUCCCUGUCCAGUCAGCCCAUUGACCAUGAGGACGGCAGCGGGCAGCCAGGGACCAAGGCCAAAGCCUUAGAUCGCUCCCCGGAUAUGGACAACUACUCAGAGGAUGACGACGACAGCUACUCAUCGGAGCAGGAAGCUAGCGACGAUGCUGUUCAACCAGUGGACCUGUACGAUGAGGAUGAGGAUGUGCAAAGGAAGCCAAAGAAAAACCGGAGGAAAAUGAUUCGUACAACAUCCAUGACAAGGCAACCCAAUUUCAAACAGAAGUUUGUGGCCCUUUUGAAGAGAUUCAAAGUGACGGAUGAGGUUCUGGACUCUGACCCAGUGGACCAGACCCAGGAGGUGGAGGAGGAUCUGGACCUGCUCUAUGAUAGUCUGGAGGUUUACAACCAGAGUGACAGCGGCCCUGAGAUGGAGGACAACGAGAGUGUCCUCAGCACGCCCAAACCCAAACUCAAGCCCUUCUUUGAGGGAAUGUCCCAUUCGAGCUCCCAGACUGAGAUUGGGAGUCUACACAGUCAGAAGAGCCAGCCCAGGGACCUGGCCAGCAUCGGUGGAGAGCUGCUGUCCCCGGACAGGGCCAAAGUCCAAAUAGGGACCAAGUAUACAGACGACAGCGCCAGAUUGGAGUCUCCUGCAGGGGACGCGGAGGAUGAGGAGACUAGGGCUGGCACAGGGUCAGGGGAGGCUAACCCCACUCCCAUCAGCUGGGACCUGAGCACGGACAAACUGCCCGGCCCAGUGGCCAAACUCUGCAAGACCGAGUCCCAGACACUCAUGUCGCCGAGUAAAACAGAGAACAAGCUGCAGAGGCGUCCUAGGAGCACAUCCAUGAAGGACCGACAGAACUCCAAGGCCCAGAGUGACAGGACCAGCAGCAUCGACAGCGAGACAUCCCCGGAAUCCAGGAUCGCUGUCCAGGUCCCCAGGAAGUCAGUGUAUGACCAGCUAAACCAGAUCCUUAUCUCCGACGAGCAGCUCCCCGAGAGCAUCAUCCUCAUCAACACCACAGACUGGCAGGGCCAGUAUCUAUCUGAGAUUCUCCAUGAGCACAGCCAGCCUAUCGUGUGCACCAUCUCUGGUGCGGAUGUCCAUGCGGCCUUCAACACCAUAGUCACCAGGAUCCAGAGAUUCUGUAACUGCAAUGCCCAGACACCCCCCACCAUCAAAGUGGCAGUGGCCGGAGACCAGAGUUACCUCAGCACCAUCCUCAGGUGCUUCGUGGAGCAGCUGGCCAACAAGACGCCUGAUUGGCUCAGCUACAUCCGCUUCCUGGUCAUCCCUGUUGGCACUCAUCCUCUGGCCAAACACAUGUCUUCGUUCGACAGUAAGUUCAACAACAUCUUCAUGGACGCUGGCUGGAGGGACUUGUUCGGCAGACUGGAGGCUCCAACAUCAGUUUCCAUAGACAACAUUGAUGUAGCAGGCCGCGUGUCUCAGUACCUGGCUGGGGCCAGCGUCUCGCACCAGUGUCCCAUCUCUGAGGCCAUGCUCACCUACAAACAGAAAAGGAAGAGAAGCUUGUAUUUUGAUUUUUACAUCAGCCCUGACGAGGACUCCUGUCAGAAGUUUGUGCCAUUCAUUGGGCUGGUGAAAGUGGGCAUCGUUGAGCACAACCUUUCAACCUCAAUGGACUCUGAUGAUGCUGUGAUGGGGAGCAUCAAUAUGCUGGCCUCCCCUCCCCCCCAGCCGGGACCACUCUACAUGAAGGACCUGACCUGCACCCCGCCCCCCUCCCCCUCCGUCUCAGCCACCCUCGCCGGAGCCGGCUCUCCGGUGACGGGCGGGGAGGUGAUGGGUCUCCAGGUGGACUACUGGGCAUGUCACGGCGUCGACAAGAAGAAGGAAGGCGAGAAGCGAGACGUGGGCAUCAAGAAUACCCUGAAGAGCAACUUCCGCUCGCUGCAGGUGUCCCGCAUCCCCAACGGGGGCGAGCUGACCCCUCCUCCCGGCAUGGCCAUGACCGUCGUCAUGAAGGAGAAGAACAAGAAAGUGAUAUUCCUGAGUAAAAAGCCCAAGGAGAAGGAGGUGGACUCCAAGAGCCAGGUGAUCGAGGGCAUCAGCAGGCUGAUCUGCGCUGCCAAACACCAGCACACCAUGCUGAGAGUGUCCAUUGACGGUGUGGAGUGGAAUGACGUCAAGUUUUUCCAGCUGGCCGCCCAGUGGCCCACUCACGUCAAGCACUUUCCUGUUGGCAUCUUCGGCUACACCAAGCCUGCCAUGUGACAUAUCACUGCCACCUAAACCCAAGUAUGGGUAGCUGCAGCCCAAUAUGGCGACCGGAGUAUGGGCAAGCGGGUGUGUCGAAAGGAGUGGGCGUAUGGAAAGCUAAUCAGCUAAUUGGGAAGAUUUGUUGCCACUCAAGACCGUUUUGCAUGGCUGAUACGAGUCAAUAAGCCACCGACCACUGCAGCGGUUUUGAAUCGAGGUGCCUGCUGACCGGAGGUGCUUCCAACUGGGCAGCCGUGUCACAUAGUCGCCAGCGGUAGCUAACAUGGCAAAAACAAAAAAAAUCUCCCAUGAUUUUGUUUCCAAUAGGAUAGAAGCCUACACAAGAAAUAACUAAUAUUGAUAACCAUUGAGAUUUCACAUUGAUACAUACAUACAGUCUACUCAAUGGGCAGGGCAUGAAGGGCAACAACACCUGGAUACAGUGUCCUUGCUCCCGCUUUGCCAAGCACCACUGUCCCGGUGUGAGAAGUAGGUUCUCAAUCCUGGUCCUGUGGACCCAAAGGGAUGCACAUUUUUUUCCCCCAUAGCACUACACAGCUGACUCAAAUAAUAAACUCAUGAGACUUUGAUGAUUUAAAUCAGGUAUGUAGUGCUAGAGCAAAAAUCUAAAUGUGCACCCCUUUGGGUCCCCAGGAUCAGGAUUGAGAACCAGUGGUCUAACCUAUAGUAGAGCGCUUUCGACACACCCACUCCUUUCCUUUCGACACACCCACUACUUUCCUUUCGACACACCCACUCGCCCAUACUCAGGUCGACAUAUUGGGCUGCAGCUACCCCCUUCUCUCUAAACCCUGACCCUAGAACAGCCAUUAUCUCCCAUAGAGAGAGACAAGCUGGAUUCCAUUCUGAAAAAUCACUCCCCUCCUUUCUGUUCUUUGAUAUUUGUAUUUACUAAAUAUUGAGGCUAUAAAUAUGGUAAUAGCUCCAUCAAGUGAAGAUUAUAGGUCCUUACAUGCUGGUUCCCAAUGUUUCAAAAUGAAAUUAUUAGAAAUACAUUUCUAAGUUUGAAAUGAAUCCAACUCUUUCAGCUCUCCAUGGGCUUUCCAAGUUACCGAAGGUAGUGGGGAAAGCUGGGAGUAAAAUCCACCAGAUUGGAACCCAGCCGAGGCUGCUCUGACCAAGCAAAAAAACGUAAACAAACCCCAUAGUCCUUUUCCUGUGGAAACUGUCCAAUUACAAACCUGUGUUCCCAGUAUAAAAUGGAUGUUGCUGUCAACGUCAAAUGUUACUGUUUUAUCCACCAGCAAAAAAAAGAAGGGAAAAAAUGUAUGCUGCCUUUUAAGUAUAAUAGUGUAUAUUGUGGUUAGAAACUUAGAAUGGCCACCUGUAAUGGCAGCUUUGUUGGCACUUUUUGUUACUAUAUUAUUAUUUCUGUGAAAUCCUAUAUUGGUAAAUGUCCUGUAUAUAAUGCAAGAGGAUUGAAGGGGUGCGUUGGAGUGUGUUCGCAGUGUGUGCCGGGAGGCAGUGUGGUUACUGAUUUUUAAGGGAAAGGGUGGGAUGCUAAGAGAGGAAUUGCUGUGAAAUUUGCAGAGGAACCCCUCUUGCUAUGGAGAGAUGUAUUUCGUUCUCUUUUUUUUAUUGAGAAAAGUGACUUAAGUUUUUGAUACACUACUUUCAAGCUAGUAUACUUGCCUCCUUGAUUUAGAAGCACAUGAAACUUGGCACUGUAUAACGAGAGACGUUCAUCAGAGAGUGGGAUGUAUCCUUAGACGAGAUCAAUGCAGGGACUUCACUUGUGAAUUUGUGAAGAGGGACGUAGGUGCAUGUAAGAAUCUCUGGACACAAACGUGACUAGGAGAGAGGAGUGAGUGUGGGGGAGGACAAGGAAAGAAGGAAACAAAUGUCUUGUUCCCAGUGCCCUGCUCUAACACACCUGAUUAGCCUACUGUCUCUGCAAAGGGCUCAGCAGUGCAGUUUUCAGUAAUACCUUUCUCACACUACUACUGAGUUGAUCCAAGCUCUACUGCACUGGCCUGGUUAAGCAGCCAUUAUAGUUGCUGGAAUUGUGUUCCAAAUGACCAGGUGGAAAGAAAAUACAGUUAAACAUAGUACAGUUUGGCUUGGUACAGUAGUGUGAAAAGGGUAUAAGAAUUCCCCAGUGCGUUGCUCGGUUCUUAAACUAUUUACCGGUGACUUUGAAGUGGUGUUCUUUUUUCUAACUUCAUCCAUUCUGAAAGACAGCAAUCCCUUUACGAACCUAGCGUGCCGUAUUCAACAAUGAACAAAUUGCUGUCAACUGUUCUCUGUUUUUAUACUCUCUUUAAAGAUGGACCCACUCAUAACGUUGAAUCAAAAAGGGCCACAGGCUUCAUUGGUUUUUAGGGUAUUGCCAGGAUUGACUCUGGGUACAUUGUGAGGGACCAUUUUAAUGUCGGCAAUGUUUCUGUAUCGUGUGUUGAUGUUGUUUCAUGAGGUGUGUUUUCUCAUAGACCUAUGAGGGAAAUAACGUCCUGUGCCACUUCAGUCGAGGCUAUGCAGGACACUGGAAGGAACUUGGAAGUCAAAACAUCAGAUUCCUGCCUUAGUUAUUCCGCCUCCGUCUUUUGACCUGGUAUGUUUGUGUUGUCUAAUGUGACUUGACACAAAAAUGCAUUUAAUUUGGAUGAAAGUGUGUUUUGGAGACUUUUAAGUGUGUGUGUUUGUGUGUGCAUGCGCUGAUAAGGGAUACUGUGUAACCCCAUUUGUCAAUUUCAACCCUUUGAAAACUAUGGCUUCACUUGCGAUUAGAUACUACAUCUAUAUUACAUUUGAUGUAUUUUUUGUUCAUCUUCACAGUGGUAGAUGAUUUUAACAACCGUGUAUGUUACAGUAAAUGUUAUCCUUCAUGCAUUGCUGACCGUCAAGGUGUCUCGUGUUUUUGCCUCGGAAAGAGGGAAGGUCUUCAGUCAAUCCCACUCAUUUCACUGUACAAUGUUCCACUAUUUCAUGAUACAAAUAUACACUAUAUAUAUAAAAGUAUAUGGACACCCCUUCAAAUUAGUGGAUUCGGCUAUUUCAGCCACACCCAUUGCUGACAGGUGUAUAAAAUCGAGCAGAGCCGAGUAAUCUCCAUAGUCAAACAUAGACAGUAGAAUGGCCUUACUGAAGAGCUCAGUGACUUUCAACGUGGCACUGUCAUAGGAUGCCACCUUUCCAACAAGUCAUUUCAUCAAAUUUCUGUCCUGCUAGAGCUGCCCUGGUCAACUGCAUAUUCAUGCCCAUGAUUUUGGAAUGAGAUGUUGGACGACCAGGUGUCCACAUACUUUUGGUCAUGUAGUGUAUGUAUACAUAACUGAUACAUAAAUAUGUUCCACUACUUAAUAAUACAUAUUUAUAUUAUAGCACUACUUUUGGGAAGUCAAGCGGCACCAAGUAAUACCUAGAAAAACUGGACAGUCUAAUAACUCCAACAUUGAGCUUUACAGCUCUUUUAAGUAUAGUUAAAGUUUGCAUAUGUUUUUGCACAAACAUUAUUUUAAAUGAUGUGACAGACAGUAUUAUUUUUUUAAUUUUUAUGAACCACUAAGAGAAUACAAGGUAAAAUCUCUUGUUUUUAUGAUGUCAUGUUUCAUAUCAGUUUUUGUUAAUUGAAAUAUUUGUUUUAUUUACAUCUUACUCUUUAUUAAGUUUUGUAUGGCCAUUUUAUUAUUCUAACCCUUUUUAAGAAAAGAGUUGAGCUCUUUUGUAAAGAAAUUCUGUUUGGAAAUUGGGUUUUGAAGUGUUGUAAGUGAAAAACAGGCUAUUAAAGGAGUGUUGAGAGAA